AUGCCCGCCCCGGCGUUAGCUAUCUCAGUGGAGGGAAAGACGAGAGAUAGGUCCACUGCUGCUGUCAAUCUUGACGCGAAAGAAGCAGUGGAUAUCGCGCAAGGACUGGACGAAAAUGCUAGCGCGAGCCGUGGAGCUAAUGUAACAAUGUUUAACGCGUUCUAUACUACAUAUAACGACUAUCGAACACGAUGUUUGGGUGGGGAACGAAUAGGCUAUGCGAGAGUGAUCUUGGCUGCUAUUGCGCUCAACUAUAUGCCCAGCAACCCUUGGUACUGCACCGUGCUUUAUGGAUUCAGCUGUCUUCUAGAUGCUGUAGAUGGUCAUGCUGCACGCAUGCUGGGCCAAACGUCUCGUUAUGGGGCGGCUUUGGACAUGAUAACAGAUAGAUGUACAACUGCUGGAUUAUUAUGCUAUCUGUCAUCUGCUUAUCCAAAAUACGCUUUGGGCUUCCAAGCUCUCAUCGCGCUCGACUUUAGCUCGCACUAUGUCCACAUGUAUAGGUAUGUCAAACUUGACACUGCGCCAUCACAAAUAGUAAUAUGGUAUAUUUUCAGCACCCUCUUAACUGGUACCAAAAGCCACAAGGCCGUGGAGAGUGAUGUGAGCCGAAUCCUGAGCUUCUACUAUAACAACCCGGCAAGAAAUGAACUGUUUUUCUUCGCCCUCUACCUCAUGAAGUGGGAUCACUCUCCGAUGAAUCUCACAGUCCUCCCUCCCUUUGGAACAUUUGCAUCAAAGCUCUGUCCCGGAAUCCUGGAAUUUAUCGCCAGUCUGACCUUUGCCCAAAUGGUCGCGCUCAUCACCUUCCCAAUCUGCCUGGGGAAGAACAUUAUCAACGUCGUUCAAGGCUGGAAAGCGAGCAAAAUUCUCGUUGGGAUUGACCUAGCUGAGAGAACAGAGGCCAGAAAGGCCAAACGUGAUACCAAGCAUUAG